AUGCUGUCGUGUGUUGUUCUGGCAUCAGUGGCUCCUCGACAAGUUGUGCUCGGCCAUCGUGAGAGUUUCCAUCGGCUUGUGCGGCUUAUCCGUUCACAGUUGCACAGUGACCAUCCUCAGAUUGUCGCAAAAACCCUGCAGUCCCUGUCGUCGCUGUUGGCUCGACGUGACAUCAACGGCCCCUUUAUCUCAUCUCUUGGCCGCGAUGUUUUUAAUGUCAUCCGGCCACUCGUCACAGGCGAUGACGUUAUGACGAAAGACAUCACUGAAGAACAGCUACCGGUUAUUCAGGACGCUUUCAAGACUUUGGAGGUGCUGGUAACCGUGGCUUUGAGUGAAAAAAGAAAGUUUUCCCUUGUAUCGUUACUCACACAGUCGCUGUGCCGGUUGUUGUGCGCGAGUUCGGCAGACGAGUGGCGCUUGUUGAGCCCAACCAGCUCGACGGAUCCACGAGUUCGCCCUGCAGCGACUAAAUGCGGUAGCACCAUCGUGGCCAGUGGAGUGUUGGCCUCUCAUCCUGCGCUGAAGAAACGAUUGGAGAGCGCUUUAUUGUUCCAGUCAAGUCGCCAGGUCCAAGCCCAGCAAGUGGCAAAGGCUAAGGCCGUGGCGGAUUCUAAGAGUGCUCACCUAUCACAACAACCAACAAUAAAGCUCACAAUGGAUUUCAAUGCGUUUGGAAAAGCUGCAUCUUAA